UCUCCUAGCUGAUUAAUCUCAUACUCUGUCAUUAAGGAUUUUGAAGCUGCCUUCCUUUGGUGUUCAGAUGAAGAGAAAGAAGAUACGGUGUAGAUUACUGUUGUCUUGAGUGGGUUAUGUCAUGUUACAUUCUCCUCUACACCUCAGCUGAACCACUGGAAACAACUUUGAUGCUGUUCUCUUCUGCUCCCGUUUAUGGUCUCUUCCAGAAUCUAAUCUGUCAGACCUGGAAGCACAAAGAAUAUGUACCUUGUGCAAAGAUGUCCAAUGCAUUGCCAUUUAUCUUGCUCUUCAUAUUCCCAAUGCUGCUGUCUGGGGCUUGGUUUCCCAAAACUUUACCCUGUGAUGUUAAAUCUUCAGAAGGUGCUGUGACAGUGGACUGCACUGACCGGCGCCUUACAGAAGUCCCCAGAGGGAUCCCUGGAAAUGCUACCAACCUCACUCUGAGUAUUAAUAACAUUCCCCAUAUCAACCCAACAUCCUUAAAUCAUCUUGAAAACCUCGAGGAGAUUGACUUCAGAUGCAACUGUGUGCCUGUCAAACUGGGGCCCAAAAAUCAUGUGUGCACCAGCCCACUGAAAAUUGAGAAUGGUAGUUUUGCUGCCUUGACAAGAUUGAAAGCAUUGUAUCUGGAUGCAAACCAGCUGGCAGAAGUACCCCGAGGUCUUCCUGCUGCUUUAAGUCUGCUGAGUCUGGAAGCAAACAGUAUCUUUUCUAUCCAAAAAGCCAGCUUCUCGGAGCUAGGGAACAUAGAGGUGUUGUAUCUUGGACAGAACUGUUACUACCGUAAUCCAUGCAAUGUUUCAUUUGAAAUUGAGAAAACAGCCUUUCUGGGGCUGAAAAAAUUAACAGUACUAUCCCUGAAGUCCAACAACUUAACACAAAUUCCUCCCAAUUUGUCAUCUACUUUAAAGGAAUUGUAUAUUUACAACAACAUGAUUCAAGAGAUUCAAGAGAAGGAUUUAAGUGGUCUCCCCAACCUAGAAAUUCUCGACCUAAGUGGCAAUUGCCCACGUUGCUAUAAUGCCCCAUAUCCCUGCAUUCCCUGUCCCAAGAGCUCAAUUCAGAUACAUUCAAAUGCUUUUGAUUCUUUGGAAAAAUUAAGAAUUUUGCGGCUUCACAGUAACUCUCUACAGAGCAUACCCAGCAGCUGGUUUAAAAACUUCAGGAAUCUCAAAGAACUUGACCUCUCCCAAAAUUUCCUCAUAAGGGAGAUUGGAGAUGCUCAGUUUUUGACAUUUAUCCCCAGCCUUGUGCAGCUUGAUCUGUCCUUUAAUUUUGAACUGAAGAUGUAUUCUCCCUUCUUGAAUCUUUCUGAGACAUUUUCUACCCUCUCUAACCUGGAAAUCCUGAGGCUCAAGGGUUAUGUCUUUAGAGAGCUGAGGGCACAAGAUCUAUAUCCACUGCAAAGUCUUAGGAAUCUAACCAUGUUGGAUCUCGGGACUAAUUUUAUUAAAAUUGCAAACCUAACUGUGUUUGAUGAAUUCCCAGCUCUUAAGUUCAUUGAUCUCUCAGUGAAUAAAAUUUCUCCUUCUUCAGGGGAAGGCAACCUCUAUGGAUUUUGCUCUAAUCCUGCCAUUUCAGUCGACCAAUACAACAGACAAGUACAACAAGAGAUGCAUUAUUUUAGAUAUGAUGUGUAUGAGCGAAGUUGCCGUUCCAAAGACAAAGAGGAUUCUUCUUACCAGUCUUUAGUUAAGGAAGAUUGCCUUAACUAUGGAAAAACAUUGGAUUUAAGCAGAAACAAUGUAUUUUUUGUUAACCCCUUAGACUUUCAGGGGCUUAGCUCCCUGAAAUGUCUUAACUUGUCAGACAAUGCAAUAAGUCAAACUUUGAAUGGAAGUGAAUUCUUUUACUUGUCUGGAUUGAAAUAUCUGGAUUUUUCUAACAACAGAGUUGAUUUGUUAUACCAAACUGCUUUCAAAGAACUAAAAUAUUUAGAAAUUCUAGAUCUGAGCAAUAACAACUAUUACUUUCUGGCAGAAGGUGUUACUCACGUGCUAAGUUUUAUGAAAAACCUACCCCAUUUGAGGAAGCUGAUGAUGAAUGGCAAUGAUAUUUCCACCACUAUUGAUACAGGAAUGGAAAGUCAAUCUCUUCGAAUUUUAGAAUUCAGAGGAAAUCACUUAGAUGUUCUCUGGAAGGAUGGCAAUGAUAGAUACUUGUCAUUCUUCAAGAAUCUGACCAGCCUGGAAGAACUGGAUAUUUCCUUCAACUCACUCAGUUUUUUGCCUCAUAGUGUUUUUGAAAAAAUGCCUCCUAGUCUUAAGGUCCUCAACUUAACGAAUAAUCAGCUGAAGAGUUUCAUUUGGGGAAACCUCCCCUCUCUGAAGAACCUCGUAACUCUGGACCUGAGCAAUAACCUUCUGACUAAUGUUCCUCGAGAACUGUCCAAUUGCACUUCAUCGCUGCAGGAACUGAUCCUGCGAAACAAUCGCAUUCACGUGCUAACCAAACAUUUUCUCCGGGGUGCUUUUCAACUGAGAUACUUGGACCUCAGCUCAAACAAGAUUGAAAUAAUUAAGAGAUCUAGCUUCCCUGAAAAUGUCAUUAACAACCUGAAGAUGCUGCUUUUGCACGGCAACCCUUUUAAGUGUAACUGUGAGGCUGUGUGGUUUGUGUGGUGGAUCAACCGGACGCAGGUGACCAUUCCUCUUCUGGCCACAGACGUCACCUGUGCUGGCCCAGGGGCACAUAAGGGAAGGAGCGUGGUUUUCCUGGACCUGUACACCUGUGAGCUGGACACGUCCUAUUUGAUCCUGUACGCUCUGUCAGCUUCAGCCGUCCUGGGCUUGGCGGUGUUCACUGUGAUGAGCCAUCUCUACUUCUGGGAUGUGUGGUACAGCUACCAUUACUGCGCUGCCAAGCUGAAGGGCUAUCAGCGCUUGUCGUUACCAGCCGCUUGCUACGAUGCCUUUAUUGCCUAUGACAGUGAAGAUCCAGCUGUGAACGAGUGGGUGCUGCAAGAACUGAUUGAAAGGCUGGAAAACCAAAAAGCCAGGCAGUUCAAUUUAUGCCUGGAAGGAAGGGACUGGCUCCCAGGACAGCCGGUCUUUGACAACCUUUCCCAGAGCAUUCAGCUGAGCAAAAAGACCGUAUUUGUGCUGACCAACAGGUAUAUUAAAAGUGGCCGCUUCAAGACAACAUUUUAUAUGGCUCAUCAGCGCCUUCUAGACGAAAAAAUGGAUGUCAUUAUCUUGAUAUUUCUUGAGAAGGUUUUGCAGAAGUCCCGCUAUGUCCGUCUGAGGAAGAGGCUGUGCAGAAAUUCAGUCCUGGAAUGGCCAACUAAUCCUCAGUCUCAGCCCUACUUCUGGCAGUGCCUGAAAAAUGCCAUAGCUACGAGCAAUUCUCUGGCUUACAACAAGCUUCUUCAAGAAACUGUUUAGUUCUACUCUUUCCCUUAAAUAUUGUUAUGAUGCACAAGAUCAAAAUAUCCUGAACAAAAGAUACGGUACUGCAUUUGCAGAAACUGUGUAAGCAUGGAAGAUAUACCUCUUUGAUUUUCUUCCCCAAAAUGAUAGGCACAAUUACUUUGAAAUGAAAUGAUUUGAACAGAAACUGUUUCCAGAACAGGUCUUCUGUUGACAUGGACCUUGCUUUGCACUGAUCACUGUACAGCAAGCAAAGAUGCUGAAAUUGGAUGGUACAUGAGAUCAGGUUCUGUAGGGCUUGCAGGCUGCUUUGUGAAAGCAAGGCAGGGGAGCAGGACAGCAGAGAAGUAGAGGAACAGGUACAAGGCAGGUGGAGAAAAUCAAGUAAACCAAGGAGGAAAUGAGAAUAGACAAAGAAAGGAAGAUAAAAAUACAAAAAGAGAAAGUGGAAAUGGUGGUAAGAAAGGAGGAACAUGCAGCUAUACUAGAGCAUGGCGGAAGUUCAGAAGCAGUUACUGCUGAUUUCAAAAUAAAAUUUUCACUUUACGUUUCAUCUGCCUCCUAGUCUGUUUGCUGAGCUGGUUCCUCCUUGAAGACUUUAGGGCUCCUCUCUAAUGUUAUGCUAUCAGUUUGAGGACCUUCUCCACCCAAGCCCUGAGUGACGACCCUUUCUGUAUCAGCUGUCUGUUAGCAGCCAGGGCUAUGGCCUGAGGACAUACCAUUUUCCCCAGAAGAAAAUUUAGACAGAAUUUGGAAGUGCAAUGCAUGCAGGAUCAGGUCACACAAGGAAAGCACUUUUCCCACUGUUUCUUUAGUCCUCCUUCAUUUCCUUGUUCCCCAGGCAGGUGCCUCUCCCACAGCAGCUGAAGGGCACUACUAAACUCUUGAGAUAGGAAUGGGUCUAACUAGGGAAAUCCUGAAAAAGUGAAGAAACUCAACCUGUGUCUGUUCCCCACUCUGUUUCACAGUACAGACUCAUUGAACACAUGAGAGUAUUCCAAGUGAAACCUUUUGUAAUGGCAGCCUAAACCUCUGGGCAUGACAUAGGUAGGUUCUCUGCCUGAUGAGAUGAUAUCUGAUUUGGGAGAAGCAGCACAUUUUCACCUUGCUGGGUGCCUCUGUCUGCAGCAGUCUGGGCAGCUUCUCCCCUCUUGUGCAAAGCUCUUUUUUUUUCUGGCAACCAGUCUUGGUGUCAUCUCUGGCUGAUGUUGUCAAUGUUAAUUGCUUUAAACUUGUUUAUUUCAGAUGCCACCUGCAUUUCCUCACAUAAGUGUUCUGACUGGUCCUUUCUUUCAGCAACAAGAGAAAAAAACACAAGAAAAGAAACUUCAUAUAAUAAUAUUACAGAUAAGAAGGGCUUUUCCCCCUCAAUUUUUCAGGACAUUUUUAUUGAUUGGAUACAGAAGUAGGAAAAAGAUGAGGACCUGGUUAAAAACUGGGAGUUUUACAGUUGUAUUUUAAUAAUGUGUAUUUCUGGUGGUUUUGUUUGUAAACCUAAACAAUCUGUAUCUUCAAAUAUGAUAACAUGAGCUGUAAUGUGACUCUCUCCAUAAGGUGAUACUUGAAACAGGAACCUCUAUCCCACAGUUACUUGCACACCAUCUCCGUCUGCCUCCCUACAAAAUGUCUAUUUGGAGCAGAUCCUCUUUCUCAGCCUCACUGACAAGGGCAGGAACACCAGGUCACUUAGCCUUUCUGUGGUUGAGAGGAGAGGUAUUUUAUCCUCUUUCAUUAAGAAGCAUGCACAGGAUGAGUAUGAUGAGUAGCAAUGAGUACAAAUUGAUACAGGUACUAAGGGAGGUGACCAGGAAACGUAUCCUCCUUGAUCAUUUACAUGCUAAAAAAAAAGAAGGUCUCAUGAAUGAAUUGGUGAUUGGUGGACAUUUUGGCCCAUGAAGUAUUGAAUUUAAAAUACCUUGUGACAGGAGGAAAAUAGCCAGCAAAAUUCUGAAUGUGAGAAGAACAGACUUGAGGCUGCUCAGGGAAGUAGUUAGUAAGGCCCCUUGGGAAAAUGGUUUUGAAGAUGCUGGGAUCUACCAGUGUGGUCAAAAUUUAAACACCACUUCCUCAGCGCAUGGGAGCAUGUAAUUCCAAAAUACUGGAAGUCAAACUGGUGAGGCAGAAGGCUGGCUUGGCUGACCAGGGAUCUUGCUCUGAAGCUAAGGCGGACAAAAGAAAGUGUAUGGCCAGUGAAAGCAAGGUUGAGCGACUUGGGAUGAUGCUGUGGUUUAAGCCCAACUGCAGCUAAGCACCACAUAAUCACUCACUUCUCCAUACCCUGGUGGGAUGGGGAGGAGAAUCAGAAAAGAAACAUAACACUUGCAGGUUGAGAUAAGAACAAUUUAGUAGUUGAAAUGAAGUAAAAUAUAAUAUUGCAACAACAACAAAAACAGUAAGAAAAAAGGAGGAGAGAGAGACCAUGAGUGACAAGUGAUGCGUAAUGAAUAGCUCACCACCUGCUUACUGAUGCACAACCCAUCUCCAAACCACAAUCAAAUCCUUUUCUGUGUUAUUCCACCAGUUUACAUACUGACAUGUAUGCAUGACAUUCUCUGGCACAAGAUAUCCCUUUGGCCAGUUCAGGUCAGCUGUCACGGCCAUGCCCUCUCACAGCUCCUUGUGCACUUUCCUCUGGCAGAGCUUGGAGCUUGCUUGCCUGGUUGGUGUAGCUGUGUCCAAACUACAAAGCACUGAAGAGUCCUCAGAUUCCUGUACAUCAGGGUGUUGUGACGGUGUAGCUUGUGAUUUGGUGUGAGGUCAGUUAGGAGGAGGAUUUUUGGCGAAUUUAAAAAUGGACUUCUGCAGCUGCAUUUACAAGUCUAUGUGUCAUUGUCCUUCAGAGGUGAGAUCAUAGACAUUUUAUUAAUAUCUCAUUCUAAUGUAGGAGUUUAAGAGGGAUGCAAGAUUCAAUUAUUUUAAUUGCAACCCAAAAGUAGGAUUUUUCUCCAUUAGCUCCGUAGUAUUUGCAUUGACAACACUUGCAGUAAGGCAAGGUAGCUGCUGCUCGAGGCUAACAUGUGCAGCAAGUUAGUCUUGAAUAACCACGUCACGUGGACAUCAAAAUAUCUGAAGUACUAUAAACACUCACUGUUAUGACCAAAGAUGUUCUGCAUCCAUUGCUACUUCCUUAGAAAAAUUGUAACAGACUGUGGCUAGACCUGGUAUUUAGCCUAUGUGGCCUGGAAGACCACACAUGGAAUGGAAGAAACAGAAAGAGGAUAAGGGAAGAAGAAUAUAGGUGAAUUAAUUGAAUUUUUACCAUUCUUGUGGAAUUGGCAAAAAAAAAAAAAAAAAAGGUGCUGUUUACAUUAUUGUCAUUAGUGUGGCACAAAAAUAGUAAUCACUGAAAGUUGGUAAGAAGCAUCUAUACUUGCAGCACAGAUUUAUAUGACUGCAAAAAUCCAUUCUGAUCUCUUUGAUCUCUCUGUUUUUAAGAACUGACAUAUGAGGAACUUGUAGGUGCCUCCCCUGUGAGAAAAAAUUACAUUUGAAGGGACUUCUGAAAUCAAAGCAGGUCUGAUUUCAACAUAGCUUGUUUAGUCUCUUGUUCUGCAAUAAAAUUGGAGUGCUAUGUAGCAAACAUGAUAUCCCAUAAACUUUAUAACAGCAUCUUUAAAAAUACACUGUGUAGUAGAUCAUACUGGGGGGGUCAAAUAAGCCCUCUAAAACAGAGAACCUGUUUUUUGUCUUCUGAAUAACCCUGUCUUUUCAUUUCCUCAAUCUUGUUAUGAAAGUAUUUGCCUGUAGAAAUUAACCCUAUGAUAAGUUAUUAAUUUGAAAAAAAAUUUGCCACAGGCCAAAUUUCUCCAUAUACUACAAAGAAGAUAAUUUUGGUUAUAAUUACUCAACUUCACUGAAAGUCUGUGGAAGUCAAUUUCCUAAUUUGGGAAGACAGACUGUGUGUCCAAAGACAAAAGACAUACAUGUUAAUCCAUCAUUAUCUCUACAAGUAUAUAAGUGACAAAAAUAAAGCACAGAGAAGUCAAAUAAUUUCUACUAAAUCCAUAUGCUGCUGCUGAAAUGAAAUGAAAAAGGGAAUCUGGAUAUCUGUUGUGGUGCACUGUUGUUCAUUAUGUUUGAUUCAAUUACUUUCUGUAUGGAUAAGUUGUACCCCACCAUGUUAAUACUUUAGUCCCACUUGUGCCCUCCUACCCCAGUUGCCAAUCCACCCUGAUACCUGCCCUUUGUUCCCAAUGUUCCCUGUUCCCCCUCCCAUUAAGUUGUCAAUCCUCCCUUGUGCCAACCCCCUGCCUGGACCGCCCCCUUUGGAAUUUCCUUAUUCCUCCGAGCCCCAUUGGACCAUGUGUCCCACUCUCCUCCCCUUGUGUUUAUGUAUUGUGUAACACCGCCUUAUGCUCCUCCCCUAAGUCUUCCCCAUUGGUUUAUUAUUUGUACACUCCCCUUGCUCCUCCCCCGUGUAUAAAUUGCUGUACCCCUGUAUCUUUUGUCUUUUGUCCCUGGAACCUUCCAGGGAGUAGAUCUCUUUUGGAAGCCACAUGGAAGGCCUCUCCCUAGUCCUUGUUCCUGCCCUUUAUGCUGGACAGCCUGUGCUAUAGAGCAUAAGCCCUAAGCUGCCCUGCUUUCCAGGAGCAGCCCAUGCUUGGCCUGGUGCUGGGAGCUGGCUGGGGAAAAGUCCAGCACCGUGUCAGAUAUCCAAAUUUGAAAAGCAACCUGCAUGCUUUUCUUAGUUAAUGAGCUCUUAGAGGUUAUUAUACAUGGGAUUAUUUAAUUAAAAAAUAGCCAAAAUGGAGAACCAAGUGUGUACUUGGUGAGAAGUUUUUAAUUUGGGUGUGUAAAGUAUGAGACAGUAGGAAGCCCUACUAAGUUCUGAAAACUAAGGUGGUUAGGGUGGGUUUCUUUGGUGGGACAGUAUCUUUGUUCAAGAUAUUCAGUCCUGAACUAAAGAAGUGUACCAGAAUAACCACUGAUCAAAAUCCAUGGCCUUAUCUCUCUUUGUUUUCUUUCUUUUAUUGCUUCUGCAUACUGCUAAGGGCAAUAUUUUGAGCAAAAGCAUCUCUAGGUAACUGGAGCUUUUUUUAAAGGGAAAAACACAUAAAAUCAAACCCGUCCUUGCAGUUGAGAAUUCAGAAACAUAUAAGGAAAUAAAGUUUCCAUCUUUUUCUAGCAAUGACGUUAUUGUAAGAGUGAUAAUAGAUUUAUGUAAUUCUGGAAAAGCUGGCAAGCUGUAAAAUGGAAGGUUUCCCCUUUUGGUUUCUAAAUAUUUUUAUGAGUAUUUUCUUUCAUUUUACAAGCUAAGUUCUAGUCGCAGUGUCUUGGCUAUGUUGUUUAUCUAUGUCACAUUCCCCACAGUAAUAUCUGCAACUCUGGUAUCAUAUAUCUUAUCAGUAUUUUAUUAAGAUUCCACAAGAGUGAGAAGGUCUGGAAGUAUGUGUUGCUUAAAAACACACAUGCCCAGUCUUGUAUUUUCCUGCAGACAGAGUAGUUUUCAAAUAAAAAUUAAGCUGUAAAUAAGUCCUUUGUGAAUAUGCCUUCUUUUCUUGACAUAAUUUUUUUAUCCUUUUGCUUUGUUAACUGAAUAAAUAAUUGAAAUCUAAUUUCCAACUGGUCUCCCACAGUGACAAAUUGCUUUUAAUGUAGAACAAAGGAAAAUUUCCUGAAACAUAGAACAAGAGAAGUUUAAGCUUAUAUUCUUAUUAGCUGGUUUGCAGAUGAUUCUUUGCCAUAAUUUACCCAGAAUAUUUGAAGUCCAUAUGUCCAUAUGGAAGGAUGAUACUCAUACACAAUUAUGGUCUUAAACAUUGCAGCCGGAUCCUGCAUUCUAUUCAUAA